AUGGCCAUUGAAAGUCAGUUCGGUCAUUUAGACGGCAUCCAGGAUAACUUCCUCUACCUCAACGACGAUUGCUUCUUCAUCAAUAAAUUCAAUCUGGGAGACUUCUCCAGUGAGCUAUUUGGGCCGGUCUUCCGGAUCCAGUUCGAUCUCAAAGUCCAGGACGAUCCGGAAGACCAUUCGGGGACAGUGGCUGCGCAAGGAGAGUGGCCUUCGCUAGGAUACAGUAAUCAUCUCUUGAGUCUGCGGUUCGGCAGACGCGAGCGGAGGUACUUGAGCCAUCUUCCUAAGGUCAUCAACUUCCAAAUCCUGCGUGAAGUCUCGGAGAUCUGGAGCGAAGAGAUCUUCCUCACGGCGUCGUCGAGAGUUCGUGGACAGGGCCAAGAGCUCAACAUGAUGUUCCUUGCCACCUGGUACCACAUCGAGAAACAUAGAGAGGCAAUGUUACAUUCAUUUAUCAUGCUCCAGACGGACAGCAACAGAGACGGCCAGAUCGAUGCGAAAGAGAGGGCGAAGAUGAUGACGCGGCUGGGGGCCGGGCAGGGGUCCACGAUCGAUACGGACUACGAGUGGCUGUCGAGCGACGGCUACCCGUUUGCGGGCGAGGCGGGGAAGGUGGCGGACUACCGGCACGUCGGGCCGGCGACGGGGCGGGGGGUGUGUCAGCUGAACCUGACGGCCUGUUUCCCGGCGCCGCCGACGGCUGGGACGGAGCGGGCGGAGAGCGUGCUGCGGCGGGUGGCCAGCGAGCAGCCCGGGUGCGGCGACUGUCUGCUCGCCCUCCUCGUCGGCAAACGGCCCGCCGGCAUCGACGCCCUCCUCCCGCCCGCCUCCCUCCGCACCCGCCUCGCCGAACUCGCCCGCCCCGCUGCGCUCGUCUCCACGCCCUUCUCCAGCGCCCAUAAACGCGCCCCAAACACCGCCUUCUACUCCUCCCCCUUCCCCCGCCUCUCGCGCUUCUCCAGACGCGGCUUCCUCGCCGACGACCCGCGCAUCUGGGCGAUCCGGAACAUCCAGCGCUACCAAUACGUCCUGGGCCACUCGCCGAAUACGUUCGACGCCUUGACGACCAUCUCGUCGAGUCGAAUGGUGCUCGACCGUCUGUCCGAGCAGUUUGACGUCAAGCCUGCGACCAAUUCCUCUUCCGCGGGCAGCUCGCCCUCGUCGUCCUCGGGAGGAGCGAGGGGCGCCAGGGCAAGUGCCGCCCAUCGAGCCAUGCUGGUCACCAUCAACGAUCGCAUCUUCGGCCCCCACCUCGACCGCGUCCAUCACCUCUUCACCACCUGGCUCAAUACCUCGUGGCCUACUCCCGCCCCCUGGGAAAAAAAUUAA